AUGGCAGCUGGGCCCGAAGUUACGCUGAAGGAUCUAAGUGGAAACUGGGUUAUGAACAAAACCCUCUCCGACGAUACCGACGCUGUCCUCGCUCUCCAAGGUAUAGGCUGGUGGACGCGCAAAGCCAUCUCCCUCGCAACCGUAACUCUCCACGUCAAACAAUACAUCGACGAAAACCAGAUUCCACACAUCGACAUUGAUCAAACAGCGACCGGUGGUCUCAAAGGUACCUCGGAAUAUCGAGUCCUCGAUUGGUCAGUCCGCACUCACGAAGAUCAUUUGUUUGGGAAAAUCGCCGCGCAAUCUCGUUUUUGUACUCUGGAACAAGCGGCGGAAUUUGAUGAUGAUGCGUUUUUGAGAGACGGAUGGUUAGAGGGGGACGAGGAAAAUAGUGGACCGGAAGACCAAAGACAUGUGCAGAGUUAUGCUGUGAAUGAGGAGAAGGGAUGGACGGCAAAUCAGAUCUGGGGAUUUGCAAUUAUUGAUGGAAAGAGAUAUCAUACCCGGAGAGUCGUGGUUAAGAAGGGAAAGGAGGUGUUGAAGAUUAGAUUAGUUUAUAAUUACCAGGGAAAGCCAUAG